CCAAACACCGAAGCUCUUAUAAAAGCAUGCACUUGACACUUACUAGGCCAUAGCAUCAUAAGCUUGGAAGAACCUCGCUGAAGAGUUAAGGAGAGAAAACAUCAACAUCAAACCAAACCAUAAAGAUGAAGCCCAUUGACGACAAACAAGAGACAGUGACGAUAAGAACGGUGAGCCACGACGAGGAAGGGAAAAAGAGGGUGGAGAAGACAGAGCUUAGCACUCACAACAUCGACACUAUAAGGUACGUCGAGAAGAAGCUCAUCAACAAGGGUGUCCAGCGACAGGACCGCCACCCCGCCGACGGCAUCGGAAUCAGCCGGCCACCGCCAAAGUCCGGCCACGGCGGCAAGUUCACGUGGGAGGGCCCUGCUACAGUGGAGAAUAGCGAACUCAUGGCGGCGCCGGCGGCCAUGGACGAGGGAGACCCCAACUAUGUGGACUGGGAAGAGAACGGAGAAGAGGCGUCGGAGUUAGUUGUUGGGGAGGUGGAAGUGUCCAAGGUUGCUCAGGAACACGAUGGGCUUGCUAGAGUUGACGUUGAUCCUCGCUUGCAAGUUAACUAAUUAACCAUCAUCGUCGGUUGAUUUGUUUCGUGUAAUCGUGUAUGGGUUCGCUGAUCUAUGUUUAAUCAAUCUUGUUAAGUUUGGGUUUUGA